CCGAUUUGACAACUCAGCAUCUCAUUCAUUAGUGAAAAUACCUAAUUUAUAACCACAUAAUUGCGUUUUGAAGAGAAUAAAACUUACUCCGACUAAAGCUUGUUGUGUAAACCCUAUCUUGGUGUUAAAUUAGUUGUUAUAUAUCUGCUCGAAAAAGGUAAAAAUGGCCAGUCCCCGCACCAGACGUGUCCUGAAAGAACUUCGUGUGAAAGACGAAAAUAAUUUCUGCUUCGAAUGUCGUGCCCACAAUCCACAAUGGGUCAGUGUCAACUCUGGUUUAUGGAUUUGUUUGGAAUGUUCGGGAAAACACAGAGGACUUGGUGUUCAUCUCAGUUUUGUGAGAUCUGUGACAAUGGAUAAAUGGAAGGACCUCGAACUAGAGAAGAUGAAAGCUGGAGGUAACCGCCAGGGAAGAGAGUUUUUCGAAUCCCAGGAUGACUAUGAUUCAAAUUGGACUUUGCAAGAGAAAUACAACAGUAGAGCUGCUGCCCUGUAUAGAGAUAAGAUUGCCACUGAAGCAGAAGGCAAAUCAUGGAGUAUAUCCUCGUCCUCCGCAAGGAAUCACGUGCCUUUCGCCUCCAGCCGCAGCCAGCCGUCCAGGAAGACUAACAGUGUACCUGGGAGCAGUAGCUAUAGCAACAGCGGUAGUAGUUACAGUAACUCGGCGACGGGGAUAGGAUCUGAUGGAGGAGGUUACAACUCAUACCAGUCUGGUGGUGGUGGUGGUAGUAGUGGUAUACAACAAGUCCCUGGUUACACCAAAGAUCAGAUUGAUUCCCAUAAGGAAGACUUCUUCUCCAAGCGGAUGACAGAGAAUGCUUCUCGACCAGACGAUCUCCCACCAAGUCAAGGUGGCAAAUAUGCUGGUUUUGGCAACACAGCAUACAAUCCAAACAAUGACGAAGAUUAUGACUCGACCUUGGCAACACUUUCUUCGGGCUGGUCAACAUUUGCACUCUCUGCUACCAAGUUUGCAUCUAAGGCUUCAGAACAGGCAACAAAGUUAGCCAGUAAAACUGCCCAGAAAACAAAGGAAUUUGGUCAAACAGUGAACCAAUCAGUCAUCAAGCCGACCACGGAAAAGGUGAAAGAGACCAAGGUCAUUGAUAGCAUGUCUGAAUCCAUGUCCACUUUAGCUACAAGGGUCAAAGACGGUACCCUGAUAAAUGAUGUCAGUUACCAGUUGAGCAAUUUGUCUACCAAGAUGUCCUCAGCCAGUAUGAAGGGCUGGCGUGAUCUGUCUUCAUUGUGGGGCGAACCCAAGGCAAGCAUCGGUGGCUCAGCAGACACAUCUCCUAGUGAAGGAACAUCUCUCUUAUCAACUGGCCGGGGAGGAAGAGCAACAGACAUGAAUGAGACUCCCCUGCUUCAAGACUUCACGCCAUCUGACAAGGAUGAUGACUGGAGCAACUGGCAUGACGAUGCUUGGGGAGAAGACGAGAACGCAGCCCCACCAAAAACUGACGAAUGGGGCUCAUGGGAUAACGGUGUGACAGAAAAACAACCAAAGAAAUCAACAUCUAGUACGAAUGAUUGGGGUAACGAUGAGGAUUGGGGUACGCCAAUCAAGACAACCCCAUCACCGAAACCGAAAAAAACUACUAGUAAUAAAAACAAGAAAAAUAUGAAGAACUCACAGAAAGAGCCAGUUGUUGGUAACUUGUUAGACUUUGAUGCAGACAUUGGCACUGGGCAGAAGACCACAAAGAAUGAUGAGAAAUCUGAUUGGGACAAUGACGGCUGGGCGGUCGAUGAUGACGAUGAGUGGGAGGCUCUCGAGGUCGAACGAGGAUUAACUAGUCAAAGUUUAUCUAAAGCGAAAUAAUGAUCUAGUGUGCUCUUGGUGAAGUGGUGUAGGUUCAUUGGCUGUCGGUGUCAUGAAUUAUCAGUACAGUUCUAGGUAUUUACAGGGAUCUUUCACGAAGUAUGUCAACAAGAAGGGCACGAAGCAAGAUGAAUGUUUGUGCUUUUACAUUCGCUGUACAUGUACAUAGCGUUAUUAGAGAGGUGAACAUUUUAUGGAUUUAUUCAGUCAAAACAUACUUCUUGGAAGACUCCUCCAGCUGAGCAGUGCCCAGUCUGGACUUGGUAUGGCUCAAAUUUGUCUCAAGUCAUUAGUUUCAUCGCAUGAUUAUGUCUUGAUUUCUCCACAUGAGGGGGGCGCAUUACAUCAUAUCUUCAUUAUCUUAUCAUGCAUUUAAACAUCUGUAGUUCAGAAGUAGCUUGUAUAUUUGUUAGUUUCAUUGAUCAGAUGAGGUUUCAGUUCAAAGGACAAGCAAAACGGCAUUUCAGGUACGAUAUGUACAAGACAUGAUUGUAAACACCUUCAAUCGUUAGAGACUAUGAUGCAUGACUAGAUCAAGUCUCAAAGGCCUGCUGAUUUCACCAUUCCGUGCUCUCAGUGGCGCUAUCUUCUGGAUUUGGUGUCCUUGGUCUGAUAAUGAGACUGACUUGUAUACAUUGUAUUCUUCCAUUAGGUUAAAUAUAAGAUUUUUGUCAGUUGAACAUGAUUUUGAUUGAUUUAUAAAGAGUAGACUGCUGUAUUUGAGACAUGCUUGUUAUCAUCAAUGAUGUUCUCUUUCUAGAAACACUUGUUAUAAUUGACAGACAAUCUUGAUUGUUCUUUGAAGUUGUUGUGUCGACUGUAUUGCUAACUUUGAAGUGACUUUUACUGUAUGAUAUUCAUUGUCUUUAAAUCUUUGCAAUGGAAUGGUGGUACAUGUCGAGUUGACUGACAGUGACCCUUUAUUUGGUUCCAUCUCUGCUCUCCUUCAGUAGUACAGGAGCAAAUUGAUCAAUUGUUGGUUGAUUUAAAAAGUCACAGUUGGCUGCCCUACAAGUCUACCUGUUUUUCAUUUCAUCAAGUUGGCUUCAUUCACAUCUGAAUCGUAUAUCAUUGUAUAUUGAGAAAUACGCAUGUGGUUUGGCCAAACUUGAAUGAAAUGGACUUCAUAUUUUGUGGUGCUAUUUUAGUACACAUAGCCGUUUAACUAAAAGAAUCACAUUAAUAUAUCAAUAUUGUUUAGCCAAAUCUAGUUGGUGUUAUUGUGGGGAUAGUGUGCGUUUAUGGUACACACAAGUAAUGGCCUCUUACAGAAGGCAGAGUCAAUGAAGAAUGGGGGAACAAGGUUGCAUGGACUUGCAUGGAGUAUUCUCGACUUUAAUGCUCAUGUGCACCAGUUUGUCUCAAUACACUCAUUUCGUGCCAGUUGAUUUAGUUGUCAUCAGGGUCGGUGAUUUACAUCCAAUUGUAUAAUGUUCACAUGUAUAUAAUCUCAAAUCUAUUGUAUAGACGAUGUGUAAAAUGUCAAAUGAAAAAUGAAAACUAGAGUGAAUCGAAGCAUUUUUGGUAAAACAGCUCGUUCAAAGUUGUGCUUUUGGUUUUGUGUUGGUUUGAUACGUUUAUCGCUACCUUGAAAGAAAAACGGUCUGAAGUCCCAAAUGAAUACAAGUUGCCAUAGCAACAGGAGAAGCGAUUAUAUGUUAGGUAGUAAAACACCAGGGGAACCAUCGACAAAAACGUCUUGUCGGUCUGGUGCUUCCAUCUGGUGUCAGAAAUAAAAUGCACAUGCCUGGAUGUGGACCCCUUGGAUAAAAAUGUCAUGGUAUCUAAGAAACGUUGGUUUCAUCAAUUAAUGGCGAUUUCAGUAGAAUUUUAAAAUCCAUUCUUAUCAGAUGAAAAGGAGCUGUCUUCAAAUACUUGGUGGUAAGCAUUAGAAAUUGCAUGAAAUGUGUUAUAAAUACUGAGAUGCCAAUUUCAAGUUUGUGUCUUAAUGAGGUUGAUCAUGAAGUGGGUGCCUACGCUGACAAACUCUUGUGUUAAUGGCCGCGGCACAUCAAGACAUUGUCAUUGGACUCAUAAUGUAAAGAACUAUUUAAUUGCAAUAAUAAAGAUGUGCAUGAGAAUGCCUCUAUAUUUAGUGA